AUGUGGAAUGCAAUGCGGGCGCCGUCUCAAACUGAGAAGGGUUUGUUCCUUGCGACGAUGGCCUGUGGGUGCGCACCAACUUCUUUGCUCUUCCGUGAGAAACGUGUGAAUACUGGGGAAGCAAACCUUCCACUUUCCAUGGGCGCCGACACGUUGCCUCCCCAAAGGACACAAAACCCACCUGUGUGGAGGAAAGUGUCCCAGGGCGCUUCAAGGUUCACCUUCUGGCGAUCCAGAUGGAUUCACAGGAGGACAACCUCCAACAAAUGCGGCUGUGGGUGCAGCUCCAGCUGUAACCAGCAGAAUCAAAGGAGUAAUGGGAGAAACAAAGCUUAG